CAGCACAGCAUAAGACCCACAGACGGUCUAAUAAUGUGCAGUCUGCUGACACUGGAAGACUGGUAACAGCAGAGAUGAAGGAGCUAUGGAUUAUGGUUGUCUUUGCUACAGUAUCUUUUCAACAGGGGGAUCUCAUCACAUCCUCUGCCAUUCCAACCACCAUUGAAAUAACUAUCCCAACUACUGAUGACCCUAUAACCCCUGACCCUUCAGCUACUGACACUCCAACCCCUGAAUCUGCAACUACUGAUUCUACUGUAACCCUUGAAUCUGCAACUACUGAUUCCACUAUAACCCCUGAACCUACACUUAUUAAUUCUCCUAUAACUACUGACCCUACAACUACUGAUUCCCUCAUAACCCCUGACCCUUCAGCUACUGACACUCCAACCCCUGAAUCUGCAACUACUGAUUCUACUGUAACCCUUGAAUCUGCAACUACUGAUUCCACUAUAACCCCUGAACCUACACUUAUUAAUUCUCCUAUAACUACUGACCCUACAACUACUGAUUCCCUUAUAACCCCUGACCCUAGAACUACAGAUUCCCUUAUAACCCCUGACCCUACAACUACUGAUUCCCUCAUAACCCAUGACCCUUCAGCUACUGACACUCCAACCCCUGAAUCUGCAACUUCUGAUUCCACUGUAACCCCUGAAUCUGCAACUACUGAUUCCCUCAUAACCCCUGACCCUACACCUACUGAUUCCCCUAUAACCCCUGACCCUACAACUACUGAUUCCCUUAUAACCCCUGACCCUAGAACUACUGAUUCCCCUAUAACCCCUAACCCUACAUCUACCGAUUCCCCUAUAACCUCUGACCCUACAUCUCCCGAUUACACUAUAACCCCUGAACCUAGAACUACUGAUUCCCUUAUAACCCCUGACCCUACAACUACUGAUUCCCUCAUAACCCAUGACCCUUCAGCUACUGACACUCCAACCCCUGAAUCUGCAACUUCUGAUUCCACUGUAACCCCUGAAUCUGCAACUACUGAUUCCCUCAUAACCCCUGACCCUACACCUACUGAUUCCCCUAUAACCCCUGACCCUACAACUACUGAUUCCCUUAUAACCCCUGACCCUAGAACUACUGAUUCCCCUAUAACCCCUAACCCUACAUCUACCGAUUCCCCUAUAACCUCUGACCCUACAUCUCCCGAUUACACUAUAACCCCUGAACCUAGAACUACUGAUUCCCUUAUAACCCCUGACCCAAGAACUACUGAUUCCCUUAUAACCCCUGACCUUACACCUACUGACACUCUAACUCCUGAAUACCUAAUUACUACUAGUCUUCCAACUACUGGUUACCCUAGCUCUAUCCCUAUCACCAGUACCAGUCUCCCAAACACCUUUACCACCACCACCACCUCUACUACCACCACCACCACCAUCACUACCACCACCACCACCACCACCACAACCCCUCCUCUGGUCUGUAUCAACAGUGGUGAGCUGCAGAGUGGAGUCUGUAUCUGUCCGGAUGAGUGGACCGGAGACACCUGUUCAGAGGGGAAUUUCUGCAAUUCCACCAUCAUUGGUCAUUUCUCCUACCCAAGAACAACGGUUGGCUGGUCUGCUUAUUCAAAAGAGUUGUGUGAUGAGAAGACAACCAGUGCUGGUUUAUCAAGAGCCUCAGCAAGAUGUUUGAAUGACACCGGCUCUCCAAUGUUUGGUCCUCCUCAUGAACUGCAGUGUGAAUUUUCCCUCGGUGACAUUCAAGGAAAUAUCUCCAGCAGUUCAGGUGAUUUAUUACAGUUAGCCUUCAGUACACAGAUCCUGACCUCCCAACCAGAGCAGCUGUCAGCUGACAACAUCACCACAGCAGCUCAGAUAGCUAACACACUGCUUCAGUCUGCAAAUAUCACAGAGGACAUCGCAGUGGCAGCUGUAACCACCAUCAGUCAGCUGCUGAAUGCAAGUGAGGAGAGUACGCAGGAGAGAGACGCUGUCCAAAACCUCACAGAGACCCUAGAGAAGUUUUCCCUGGACCAGUACAAUAAUGUGUCCUUGGUAGUUCAGCCCAACCUGGCAGUCCAGUCUGUCCAAGUACCAAGUGACACAGUAGGGAUCCAGUUUACUGCUCUGACUGGAAGAUCUGGUAAUUUUGUGGCCAACAGAAUUCAUCUCAACACCAAUACCUCUGAACUGAUAGCUGACAAAGGAGGUUCUACCGAUGUCCAGAUUGUUAUCAAAUUCACACCAGACUCCGUUUUACAUAGUAAAAACACAAACAACUCCAUUGGUUUUGUACUAUACCAAAACGACCGGUUCUUCAGGUCCAGGGCAUUCAGAGCUUCUCCAGGGACCAGCAGAAGGGUCAUCUCUGCUAACCUGGGACAAGUGUCUGGGUUACAUGUUGAGAUGCUCUUCAAGCCCACAGUUGUUCCCAACACCUCCCUCUAUGACUUUGCCUGCGUGUCAUGGAACUACACGUUGAAAGACUGGAGCACCUUUGGCUGCUCCAAAGUCAACCACUCAGCAGACGGCCUGCGAUGUUUCUGUAAUCACACCACUAACUUUGCUGUGCUGAUGUCAUUCAGGAGGGAUUAUAAAUACGCUGAUGAGCUAAACUGGAUCACCAUAUUGGGAUGCUCCAUGUCCAUCAUAGGGUUGAGUUUAACAAUAACAUUCCAGAUGGUGACCCGAAAAUCACGCAAAACCAACCCAACGGUCCUCUUAGUGAGCAUCUGCAUGUGUCUCCUGAUCUUCACCCUACUCUUCAUGUUGGGAGUGGACAACCCUCAUAAACAGCUGGGAAAACCUGAAAUACAGAAGGACAACAUUCUCCCCACGUCCGACACACACACAGAGCGGGACAGAGGGCCUUGUACUGCAGUGGCAGUCCUGCUGCAGUACUUCCUGUUGGGGACGUUCACCUGGAACACGCUGUACGCCACGCAUGUCUUCCUGAUGAUCAGAAACAGCCUGACCACCAGCCCAUCACACUUCACAGCCUAUACCGUGGCCAUCGGAUGGGGACUGCCUGCAGUUGUGGUGUCUCUCACCUUAGGAAUUAGUUACAGAGUGGAUGAUCCACUGGGUUACAGGCAGGAGGAAUUUUGCUGGCUUGCUGCCCUCGAUCCAAAGGGGAACUUUGACUUCAAGCUGCCAAUGUUUUGGGGUUUCCUGAUCCCUGUGGUGUUCAUGCUUAUCUUCAACACAGUGGUGUUGGUAUAUUUUACAGUUACAACAUGCAAGACCAACCCACAUUUAACCAGUACAAGACACACAUCGAUGAAGAAGAAGUUCCUCAGUAGCUUCUCUCUGGCUGUGGUGCUCGGUCUCUCCUGGAUCCUGGGCUAUCUGUUGCUCAUUACACAGAACCAGACCAUGUACACCAUACUCAACAUCUCCUUCUGUGUUCUCACCACCACUCAGGGCUUGCAGAUUUUCAUUCUGUUCACAGCAAGAACAGCAAUUGUCAAGAAAAUGAUGGCGGAUGCUUUGAAAUCUGUUUCUAGCGUUGAGAUCCCGCUUCACACCAAGAGGUUCAGUCUAUGGCGAGGCAAGCACAGAGAAAAGGUUGAAUCAUACACACAGCUGGACACUAUUCUGUCAACACAUUAACACAUUAACACCUUAACUGCCACAGAAAAAGUAUUUUCCUGAAAAAAAUUGUAUUUAACCUUAAAAACCUCUUCGAGAUCGGGCUACUUUUUUCAACAUUCUGUUAAAAAUCGCGCAACAUUUCAAAGUCCUGCUACUCAUGCCAGGAAUAUAGUAUAUGCAUAUGAUUAGUAUGUGCACAUAGAAAACACUCUGACGUUUCUAGAACUGGUUCAAUAGUGUCUGUGACUAUAACAGAACGAGUUCCGUGGUCAAAAUCGCCAGAAAACCUGGUCACUAAAUCGACGGCAAAAAAAUCAAUCCGCCAGUCCAUGUAUUGUCUAUUGGAAGGAAAAAUACUUAAGGCUGAGAAUACAGUUCCUAUAGCUUCCACACGAUGUCGCCAGUGUUGUGAUUUCGAUUCAACUAAAUCGUUGGUCAUCUGAGUAAUAGCCACAUCCCGUUGUCAAGUCCACAGAUGUAAACAAUGGAACCGGAAAAGUUGACUACGUUUCCCAAACUUGUGCCUAUUGAAUACAGAUCACAAUACCUAACGUUGGAUUACAGAAGUAGUUUGAAGUGUUUUGUCAAAGUUUCUAGGCAACUUUUUUCAUUUGAAAAAAUAGCGUUGCGUUUAUAAAAUGUGUUUUUCCUGGAUCUGACGGUCUUCAUAAAUGGACAUUUUGGGUGCACAAGGACCGAUUUAAUCGAAAAAAAUACCCAAUUGUGAUGUUUAUGGGACAUAUAGGAGUGCCAACAAAGAAUCUCGUCAAAGGUAAUGAAUGUUUCAUAUUUUAUUUCUGCAUUUUGUGUAGCGCCGGCUACGCUAAUUCCUUUGUUUACGUCCCCUUCUGGUAUUUCCGGGUGUUGCCUGCUAUCAGAUAAUAGCUUCUCAUGCUUUCGCCGAAAAGCAUUUUACAAAUCUGACUCGUUGGCUAGAUUCACAACGAGUGUAGCUUAAAUUGAGUACCCUGCAUGUGAAUUUUAAUGAACGUUUGAGUUUUAACGAGUGCUAUUAGCAUCUGGCGUAGUGCAUUUGCAUUUAUUGUUGGCAGGGGGUGCGGUUGCGUCCCGGGUGGGCCAGAGAGGCUAAACUAGUUAGGGAUAGGUGGGACGCAAAUGUCUCAACUGGCCAAUUGUCAGGGAAAAUGCAGAGCGCCAGAUUCAAAUAAAAUACUAUAAAAUUCAAACUUUCAUUAAAUCACACAUGUAAGAUACUCAAUUAAAAGCUACACUCGUUGUGAAUCCAGCCAAUGUGUCACAUUUUUUAAAUGCUUUUCGGCAAAAGCAUAAGAAGCUAUUAUCUGAUAUCCUGCACCAUCUAAAUCCAGGCGUGAAAACAAAGGGGUUAGCACAGUGGUUUUUAACCAGGGUUCGAUCGAACCCCAGGGGUUCGGUGAGUCAGUCUCAGGGGUUCGGCGGAGGUCAAGAAACACAUCCGACUCAUAUGAUUUGUGAUGACAUGCCCCUCUUGGCCAUCAUUGGCUGCAGGUGAUCACGCUACAUCGCUUGGCCUAUCUGUGCUGCAGGGAAUUUGGUGCGCACAGUAGUCGACUUGUGACUGUCGUGAUGGUACGUCUUGUGAUAUCUUUAUUUAUUUUAAUCCCUUCAUACUUACUAUGUCGAGCAAAUAAAGAAAGUGGUCAGACGAAUAUGUGCAAUAUGGAUUCACAUGUAUAACGGAACGUGAUGGGAGUCAGUUGUGUUCUUGGAAAAUACAGGAACUCAACUCUCGCUGAAUUCGAUGAAAAGGCUACUCUGCCUUGUUCUCGGCUUUGUACCCAUCAACAAACUGAUCCUCACAGCAUCGUCGGAAGUUGCUUACCUGAUCGCAAAGCAGGGCAAACAUUUACAUUACAUUACAUUUAAGUCAUUUAGCAGACGCUCUUAUCCAGAGCGACUUACAAAUUGGUGAAUUCACCUUCUGACAUCCAGUGGAACAGCCACUUUACAAUAGUGCAUCUAAAUCAUUAAGGGGGGUGGUGAGAAGGAUUACUUAUCCUAUCCUAGGGAUUCCUUGAAGAGGUGGGGUUUCAGGUGUCUCCGGAAGGUGGUGAUUGACUCCGCUGUCCUGGCGUCGUGAGGGAGUUUGU